AUGAAUGAUUUCAUUUAAUAAAUUAAAUUGCAAUAUAGAUUUGAUUUCGAUCUCAUUCUUCUUUCUNUGUAUUAGAGACAUUCAGGGCUGUUGUCUCAUUAGGACUGCCAAUUAAUGUUGUGUGUUCUACAGCUUGGGUUGAAAACUCAGUUGGACCAGAUUCUUAUAGAGUUUCCGAUGUGAUUUAAUCUUAUAAGGGAUUGACUGUUGAAAUUUUAAACACUGAUGCUGAAGGCAGAUUGAUAUUAGCAGAUGCUAUGUCUUAUGCAUAAGAUAAGUUUGCUAUUCACGAGAUGAUUGAACUUUCAACACUUACUGGCAUCAUUAAAAGUGCCUUGGGUAGAUAUUGCGGAGUGUUUACAAAUAGAAAAGGAUGCUAUUCAUUGUUAUAAAAAGUUGAAAAAGUAACAAAAGAAUCAUUUUGGCCUUUACCACUGGAAGACCAACACAGAGAGCUGAUCAAAGGAAGUGUUGCUGAUAUCAAUAACUCAAGUUCUGGUAAAGUAGGAGCAUCUGCUGCAGCAGCAUUUUUGGAGUACUUUGUUGAAAAGAAGGUGAGAUGGAUGCAUUGGGAUAUCGCUAAUGUGGCUGUUACUGAUAAGAAUGAAGGAAUUUAUACAAAAGGAGGAACUGGAUUUGGAGUUAUGUCAUUGAUCUAUUAUAUGACUUGGGAUGUUGUAAGUAAGGAAAUUAAGGAGUAAAAGUAAGAAAAUGAAGAUGAUGACAAUUGA